CCGCGCCAUCUACCGUUCAGAAAUCGCAAGCACCAUAGCCAAGGACAAAGAGACCGGCGAGCGGCCCUUCUACGCCGCUGUGAUACGAGAACCAUGCUUCUUCUCGAGCCUUACCACUUCGUCGUUCUACUCCUGCUCCUCGUUGCUGCGGGCCGCUUCCUCGUGGCCUCCGGCAGCAGCGGCGAUGACGGUCGGCCGUUCGUCUACAACGGCUUCACCGGCGUGAACCUGACGCUCGAAGGCGCGGCCUUCAUGCAGAACGGCCUCCUCAGGCUGACUAGCGGUACGGGUAAAGGCCAGGCCUUCCACCCGUCCCCUCUGCCGUUUCGCACCGCGUCGAAUGCCACUGGCCUCGUGCGAUCCUUCUCGACCACCUUCGUCUUCACCAUCUUCAGUCAAUACGACAUCGACGCCGACCUGAGCAGCGACAGCAUGGGCUUCUUCGUAUCUGAAUCCAAGGACGUGUACUUGGGUUUCGGCUACCGCGGCUACACCGAUACGAGCCACCGCUUCUUCGCCGUGGAGUUCGCAUUCGAAGACGAACGCAGCGAUGUCGGCAUCUACCUCAAUAGCUCGGCGUCCGAUUCAUCCAACGCCGGGUACUAUGCUGACGGCACCGAGAUCUUCCGGUACCUAAGCCUGAUGAGCGGGAAGGCUGUGCAAGUGUGGGUAGACUACGAUGGCAGGGCCACAGAGAUCACCGUGACCAUGGCUCCACUAGGUAUGGCAAGGCCCCAGAGGCCCCUGCUGCAGACCACCAACAUCAACCUCUCUGAUGUGGUGCAAAGCACAGCAUACGUCGGGUUCUCAUCGGCGAGGUCCGACAUUUUCUCCACACGACAAUUAAUCCUCGGCUGGAGCUUUGCGCUUGAUGGGCCAGCUCCUGCACUAGACAUCUCGGUGCUGACAGCCAUGUCCAUGUCACUGAAGAUCGUGCUGGUCAUAGCAUCGGUGGCGCUGGUUUUGGUAGGCAUGGGAGUCUACAUCUUUGUAAGACGGCGUCUCAAGUACUCCGAGGUGCAUGAAGACUGGGAGGUCCCGUUUGGCCCGCACCGAUUCUCUUACAAGGACUUGUUUCAUGCGACCGAGGGGUUCAGUGACAAGAACUUGCUUGGGAGGGGAGGUUUCGGAAGUGUCUAUAAGGGAGUGCUUCGCAAGCCCGACAUGGAGGUUGCCGUGAAGAGAAUGUCACACGAUUCAAGGCAGGGGGUAAAGGAGUUCAUUGCUGAGGUGGUGAGCAUUGGUCGUCUUCGACACCGAAAUCUUGCACAAUUGUUGGGCUACUGCAGGCGUAAGGGUGAGCUUCUUCUGAUUUAUGAGUACAUGGAAAAUGGUAGCCUUGACAAGUACCUACACAAUAUAAAAGGCCCAGUUUUGGAUUGGCCUCAGAGGUACUGGAUCAUCAAAGGUGUGGCCUCAAGCUUGUUCUAUCUUCAUGAGAAAUGGGAGCAUGUCGUCAUCCAUCGAGACAUAAAGCCAAGCAAUGUGCUUUUGGAUAGUCAGAUGAAUGGACGGUUAGGUGAUUUUGGCCUUGCAAAGAUAUAUGACCAUGAAAGCGCCGCUCCAGCCACCCAUGUGGCUGGCACCAUUGGAUAUCUGGCGCCAGAACUUGCGCGCACAGGGAGGCCAACGCCAUUCACUGAUGUAUACGCAUUUGGAAUGUUUCUCCUCGAGGUCACAUGUGGUCGCAAGCCAAUCUUCACCGACAAGCAAAAUAAUCGGUUAUUGCUGGUAGAGUGGGUGCUUGAGCACCACCGGGAUGGCUCAAUCCUCGACACGGUAGAUCCACGACUCCAAGGGGAAUUCAACAUGGAGGAGGUAACCAUCGUGCUAAAACUUGGUUUGAUAUGCACAUACCCGUUGCCCAAUAUGCGGCCUAUCAUGCGAAAGGUCAUGCAAUACCUCGUCCACAAUCAACCGCCCCCGGAUUUAUCGCCGGCCUACAUAAGCUACAUGUCCCUAAUGCAGAACCAAGGGUUUAAUUCAGACAACAUGAACACAACAUGUUCCGAGGCUACAACGAGUGUUGCCACUGUAUCUUCAGCAACAAUUUUGCGGGACGGAAGAUGAAGCAUGUAUGUAAUUGAUUUCUCCAUCUCUCUCUCUCUCUCACUCACACACACACACACACACACACACACAACCCCCCCCCCCCCUUUGUAAUCAACUCAUGACCUCAACUAGAUCAUUUUCAUUGUCAUCAUAUGAUCCCAAUUAGGCUGAGGACUUCUUGUACUAUGGUACGAAUUCAACGUUUCAUAGUGGACUGGAUUAUGGGCUAUAUUGGUUAUGUUGUAUUACACAGUUGAAGUACUCCCUCGUCUACUUUUUCCUUGAUAAAAUGUCUAUAUAUCUCAUAUGUUUAGUUCUGUGA